UGAGUGGAGGGAAGUUGUUUUCCAAGAUUGACUUGGCACAAGCAUAUCAACAAGUCGUGCUGGAUAAUGAUUCUAAGAAGUAUACGACAAUCAACACUCACAAGGGAUUAUAUGUGUAUAAUCGUCUUGCUUUUGGCAUCAGUUCAGCCCCUUCCAUUUUUCAACGAAUAAUGGAAAAUUUGAUGAAAGAUCUGAAAGUAAUUGUGUAUUUGGACGAUUUGUUGAUCACAGGUAAAGAUGAGCAAGAACAUCUAACAAACAUUUGCAAAGUCUUACAGCGUCUUCAAGAAUCAGGCUUAAGAGUAAAGAAAUGUAAAUGGGAGUGGGGACAAACACGGAUUGAGUACCUGGGUCAUGUGAUCGAUGAAAAAGGGGUGUAUCCGACAAAAGACAAGGUAAAAGCUAUUCAAGAUGCGCCAGCACCAUCAAAUGUGAAGGAACUACGAGCUUUUUUAGGUUUGGUAAAUUAUUAUGGACGCUUUGUACCACAGCAGAGCACAGUGUUGGCACCACUGUAUAGACUGUUGAAAGAACAAACUGCUUGGUGCUGGGGGAAAAAGGAACAAGGUGCUUUUAGUAGAUGUAAAGAAUUGCUCACCAGUGACAAAGUGCUAGUAUACUAUGAUCCACAACUGCCUUUGACUUUAGCAUGUGAUGCUUCCGCUUAAGGAAUUGGUGCGGUGCUUCAGCACAUCAUGCCAAAUGGUGACGAGCAUCCCAUUGCAUAUGCUUCACGUACUUUGUCCCCUGCUGAAAAGAAAUAUUCACAGAUUGAGAAGGAAGCUUUGAGUGUGAUCUAUGGAGUUAAAAAAUUCCAUCAGUAUCUUUGGGGAAGAUCUUUUAAUUUGAUAACUGAUCAUAGACCAUUAGUGACUCUGUUUGGUGAACAUAAGCAUUUCCCAAUGAUGGCAGCUGCUCGCAUUCAGCGGUGGGCGAUAAUUUUGUCGGCAUAUGAUUAUCAUAUCAUGUAUCGCAAGGCAGAAGAUCAUGGAAAUGCAGAUGGCUUGUCACGAAUUCCAUUACCUGAAAUUACCGAUGUAGGAACAGAAGCCAUUUCAGCAAAUAUCAACACACUUUUGACAAACCAUCUUCAAGAAGCUCCUCUAAAUGCAGCACAGAUUGCCAGAAUGACAAGAACAGAUCAAGAACUUUCUAAAGUGUUUCGUUAUGUCAUGGAAGGUUGGCCAAUUGAAGUGUCAGAUGAUUUGAAAGUAUUCUACGCGAAAAGAGAUGAACUGUCAGUAGAACAGGGAUGUCUGCUAUGGGGCACACGAGUGAUUGUACCAUUCAAAUUUCGAAAAUCAGUGUUACAGGAAAUUCACUCAGGACACCCUGGCAUUGUUAAAAUGAAAGCUCUGACUCGUAAAUACGUGUGGUGGCCUAAAAUUGAUACGGAUAUAGAAAGAGUUUGCAAGGAGUGUCAAAUCUGUCAACAAGAACAAAGAAUGCCAAGUCACGUCCCUCUUCAUCCUUGGGAAUUCCCGGAUUGAAGAGAUUGUUUUCUGCAUAUGGAUUACCUGAACAAAUCGUGACUGAUAAUCCAACUACUUUUACUUCUGAUGAAUUCCAAAGAUUUGUGAAGCAGAAUGGUAUUAUGC